CGGAGAUCUACAGUGACACUGACACUGACACUGACACUGGCAUUCUAUUCUCCGAGUUCAGCGCAGUCCAGCGGCAUUGUACAGAUAAAAGCACACCACCCCACAUCUCCUCACCCACCCCUCCAAAAUAAAAAAUAAGGAAGAUGAGCCGCAACUUCGUCCCAGUAGCCCUAUCCAUCGGCGCCGGGGUCCUCGGCGGGUACUAUGUCUGGCAACCGUAUUUCAAGGAGAUGCAGCUACACCAGCAACACCAGCAGUCGUUGAAUUCGGAAUCCACCGGUUCGACAGCGCCGCAAUCACAGGUUUCGACAUCUACAUCUACACCGACAUCGACACAUCAGGAGGCGGUCGCUGCGUCUACGACGGAUUCGGGGGUGGGGAAGGCAGCGGGGCAGUGA